CUGGCUGCCAUCUGUAGUGACGCUAUUCUGCUCUCGUAUAUGGCGCCCUUGUUGCUCUGUUACCUGCAAUACGUAUUCGUGCUCACUCUGGUUUUUUUUUUGGCUGUUGUAUACCUUGACUUGCUUCAUCUCGCAAUAAUCUCGCCAUCUAAGAUCUUGGACGUGUUGGAUAUCCUACUCAUUGUACAGACAAAUUUUUUUCCUUGGGUGUCUUGUACUCUGCCGGACGUAUUUUGUGGCUCUACUUGGCGUCUUUGUUUCCAAGGCCCCUUUGCUGGACGGACUUGUUUUUGGUUUUCCCGUGCUUGCCAAAGAUGCUGUGCAUGGAUGCUGCUCUGCCGCUUCAACGGACGACCUGUUCUUCUCAUAGCUUUCCUGUGUAUGCUUAAGCUGUAUGCCUUCAUCCGCCGUUUUGGAUUUAUCAAGAUCAAGGCUGAGACUGUGUUGGUUGCUGUGGCUCUCCAUGGAUGAACUUGCUUUUUUCUGUCACAUGCGAUUCCGUUGUAGGCUCCUGCUGUGCUUGCCGAAAUUAUGAUCCACAUGGAUGAACGAGUGCUUGUAAACGCGCGAUCGUUGACGGCGGCCAUUGUGGGUAUUGGCGACGGUGGCAGAGGAAUUUGGAUGGGCAGGUUAUUCUGUUUGUUUAUGGAA